GCACAGUAAAAACCUCAGAAGUGUCCCGGUAGUUAAAUACUCAGGCAAGCAAUACGACGCAUACUUGUUUGAAAUAAUGAAAAGGACGGAUCAUUGAGAGCAUUUAUACUUAGGGGGAAGCAUCCUGUGUUGACGAGGGGGAAAGAGGACAAUUGAUCAACCACGUGAAGUAUAUAUAUAUCUUUAAAAAAAUAACAUCAUGGCACCCUCCCCCGCUGUGGCCUACCGGAGACGGCUGUGGAUGGCGGGAACAGCCGUGGUGGAGAAUCUGCUCUUCUCCGCCGUGCUCCUGGGCUGGGGCUCCCUGCUGAUCAUGCUGAAGAACGAGGGCUUGUAUUCGCACUUGUGCUCAGCGAACAAGACGACGGCCGCCAACGCCACCGGUGAGGAGGUGCUGUGGCUCACCUGUGUGGAGCAGGAGGAGAUGCUCAACCUGGGCUUCACCAUCGGCUCCUUCCUGCUCAGUGCAGCCACCCUCCCCCUAGGGAUCCUGAUGGAUAAGUUCGGGCCCCGUCCGCUGCGUCUUCUAGGAAGUGCGUGCUUUGCCGUCUCCUGCGCCCUGAUCGCCGUUACGGCCUACAAACCCAUGGACCUCUCUGCUCUCAUCUUCCUUGCUCUGUCCUUCAAUGGCUUUGGAGGAAUUUGCCUAACCUUCACAUCCCUCACGUUGCCAGUAAUGUUUGGUAGCCUGAGCUCCACCAUCAUGUCCCUCAUGAUUGGCUCCUACGCCUCCUCAGCAGUCACCUUCCCAGCAGUCAAGCUGAUUUACAAUGCCGGCGUGUCUUUCCGGGUGAUCAUGUGGGUGUGGUCAGCCCUGGCCUGCCUGGUCUUCCUGAACUGCUUCCUAAACUGGCCAGUGGAGGCCUUCUAUACACCUGAGGAGUUCAGGAGGAAGACUGAGAGCACCAGUUUUUCUCAGGAAGAGAAGGAGAGCUGGGAUCAUCUCCACAAAGAUGUUCCCCCAGGGGACCUGACCCUAAGUGAGGGCAACCAGUUAGUGGAUCAACUCUCCAAGAAGCUUCCAGAAGACAACCCCAACCCACAAAGUACGGUGCCCUUUCGCAGGUCAGUGUGCUCGCCCAUUUUCUUGUGGAGCCUCCUCACCAUGGGCAUGACCCAGCUGAGGAUCAUCUUCUACAUGGGUGCCAUGAACAACAUGCUGCAGUUCCUGGUCACCCACGGCAACCCACACCCCUCUGAGGAACUGGCUAAUGAGAAAGUGGACAACUACGCCUCCAUUUUCGGUGCCUUGCAACUGCUGUGCCUGCUGACAUGCCCUCUCAUUGGCUACAUCAUGGACUGGAAGAUGAAGGAGUGCGUGCAAGAUGGCAAAUUCCGGGACAACGGCCAGAAAAGGAGAGACCCGAAACUCCAGAAGCUCACCAAUACCAUCAGAGCCUUUACCUUUACUAACCUGCUGCUGUUCAUCUUUGGUAUCACCUGCCUGAUAGACAACAUGGCUGUACAGGUCAUCACGUUCAUAUUGCACACUAUGGUUCGAGGGUUCAUCCAUUCCUGUUGCGGGGGCAUGUACGCUGCAGUGUAUCCCUCCAAUCACUUCGGCACCCUGACGGGGCUGCAGUCAAUGAUCAGUGCGGUCUUCGCCCUACUACAGCAGCCGCUCUUCAUCGCAAUGGUGGGGCCACUCAAGGGAGACCCCUACUGGAUCAACAUGGGGCUCCUCCUUUUUUCGCUGGCCGGGUUCUUGUUGCCCGGAUAUCUGCUCUAUCACCAUAGACACCUCCAACAGAAGGCAAAACUUCAGGUGGAGGUGGCCAAAGAAGCCCUAACCCAUGAAGAAAGCAACAGCACCAAAAACCAUAGCAACGGGCAUCUGCCUCAGGAGGCUUAGGAUUUAAACUCCAUCCAUCCAUCCACCCAUUUUCCAUUCCCAUUUGUCCUGUGCAGGGUCUCAGGGGUCCAGAGUCUAUCCCAGAAGCUAAGGGUUCAAGGCAGGGAAUAACCCAGGAUGGGGAGGCAGGUGGACUGACCAUUUCAACAUGAAAUAUGUUCAUUUUAAAAUAGGAUGUUGUUGUGUGUGUGUGUGGUAGCAUUUGUAGUGUUAAUUACUAGUCUGACUUGAGCUGUUGGAUUUCAGAAAAAUGGACUUGAAGUUAGUUUUAGUGUUUGGGUGUUUUAUGACUGUGGCAUGUGACACAAUGGCUUUAAUUUAGUCUACAUUACAACAUAUACUCUACGAUGCAAAAACGAUAUGCUUGUUUUGUUAUAGGUAUAUCGGUAUAUAUAAUAUAAAAACGUAUUAUCAUUAUUAUGUAUAAUCAUCUCACCAGCUUGGUAGAUUGUACACCAUAGUCCUUUUUAAGAUUGAGGAGAACUUGGUGACAUAUUCAGUUCAUCAUUUUGUAUCUUUAUGGUCUGUAGGGUGAAUCACACAAUCAAGUGACACUCAGACCAUCUACGAAGCAUGUUGUUUCUCUGGGCAGUAUAUAUUUACGACAUAGAACAUGAACCGUUACGAUGGAAUCGGCUACUGAAGGCGAUGUACUAGAAAAGCUGAUUGAAAGAUUAGUACAUCGGUACUUAUUUCAUUAAGCACCAUUUCAGUCAGUGUCAUAAAUGUGUAAAUGAGGCUGUUCGGUUGAACACUUUCUCAAUAUUAACUGCCUCAUAACACUGGUGCAAAUUCUUUUCUUUUAGUCUGCUGUUUUUAAAUUUUACGCAUGUUAAGGCGUUUUCGUAUAGGUAUGUUUUGCAGCUGCACAUCUUGAUUUCAAAAGGAAACUUUUCUCUUUGUAUUUGGAAAUAUAUUGUCUGAUAUUGGCAAAGUUUUUUUUUUUUUUUGAUGAUGAUGGUCGAUAUAUUCUGUGACAAGCUGCACAAAAUAACCUAGGCAGUACCUUAUUGUGUUGUGGUUCUUGUGGGCAUUCCAGACACGUAUUUGCCAAAUUAUUUAAGCAGUUUAUUUAUGACGUUUGCUGUCAUCCAAUAGCUUUUUUAAUUGUCCACUAUUGCAGCGUUAUAUACAGGUAUUGAAAUGUGUGCCAGUAGUAGCUGAUAAUACCUCACUGUAAAAUCAGCAUUUUGCAAAAAAAAAAAAAAAAUGCAAAUACAGGAAUGUACUUAACUCACACAAAGUGCCUCAAAAUGUAAAAAAAAAAAUGCAAUUCCUCACUUGUUGGAGGGUGGGCCCCCAGUUAACCAAACAUUAUUUUCCAAAGGGCAGUGUCCACUCCAUGUACUUCCUGCAAAGCUUGAAUUUUGUGGUGUAUUAUCUGGUAGUAAAGUCAUUCUGCCUUUCACAGGUAGAGCUGGGGUGGGGGGGGUGGUCUUCCUCUUCAUCUCACACACUGAAUGGAUGGAAGCCAUAUUGAAGCUGGUGCUUUUGUCUGAAGAUAUCUGUAGUCCAUAUAUAUGUCUAUAUUUUACCGCUGCUGAGUUUAAGUGCCUUCAUCGAAAUCAGAAUGCAGUGGUUGGAGCAGCUACCAUUGGCUGACGAGCCCCUGCCUUUGACCACUGCACCUUGCACUGUUGGAUUCUUCUGACUUGGCCCAGUAACUGUGACUGGUUACUUGUAUCUAUUCCUGCGUUCUUUAUUUUUGUUUAAACUGCUUUUUCUGAGGAUCCAUCUGAUGUCAACUUCAGACAAUAAAUACAUAUUUUUGGAAAUGAA